AUGACGUCCGAGACGUCGUCCGAGACGUCGUCCGAGGUUGGCGCGUCGCCGACGUCGGAGGAGGAGUGGGUGAAUCCGUUUCCGGUCCCCAGAGAACCCGGGCAUCAAGUCCCGAGGACGUUCGAGAGGCAGGAAGCGGGCACGCACGUGCAGAUCAAGCUCGCGAACGAGGAGUUCGGGCAGCGCAUGGACGUGCAGGAGAUGAUGAUGAAAGUGAUGCAAGCGACGAUCUGCUCGUGCCCGGAGGACCCGCUGCAGUUCAUCACGGAUUACCUCGAGCGCGAGCUCACGGGGGAAGGGAACGAGGCGAUUAAGAACGGGUUCGUGGACCCGAACGAGACGAACGUGCACGAUUACGCGGGGAACGUCAAGUUCCAGAUCGUGCUUCACCGGCUGUCCUCCGCGCUCAUCGAGUUCAAGCCGGAAGGGGACCCGCUGUCGUUCGCGGUGGAGUACCUGAAGAAACUCAAGGAGGACCCGGAGCCGCGGCGGUGACGAGAACGACAGGAGCGACGAUUGCGAAUGGACGUGGCACGGCGCCGCCGCCGGCCGCGACGGCAACAUAGACAGAGUUAGCUACUUUAAUCACGACUCCCGAGGAGCUCUAAAC